UCGAGACCAGAGCAGAGGUUCCAGACAAGUAGAAGAAGUGACUUACCCGCGCCAAUUUUGAAGUCUUCUCUUGUAUGAAGUUGUGUACAUAACUUACCUUUAUCUGAGGAAAUUCAAAUCGAUGUAGAUAGUGGCGAUUUUAUCAUGAGUACAAAGGGAAAAGGUAGCGGAGAUACUUCGCUACUUCUCAACGGGAACAGUGGAGACGGUGAUGCCAUCAAGGUGUUUGUUCGCGUACGUCCUUUGACUGCGGGUACGGGCCUGACUACAGAUGGUGAUCAGAAUUUGUGUUUAACUGUGACAUCCCCGAAUACCAUCCGUCUUCACUCCAAGCCUGAUCCACGCACCUUCACUUAUGACCAUGUUGCAGACAUGGACUUCUCACAGGAAGCUGUGUUCUCCAGUGUGGCCAAAAACAUUGUGGAGUCCUGCAUUAAUGGCUACAAUGGUACCAUAUUUGCCUAUGGGCAAACCGGGUCGGGGAAAACCUUCACAAUGCUUGGUCCAUCUGACUGUGACAGCUUCUCAGAUGAUCUGAGGGGGGUGAUACCACGCAGCUUUGAGUACCUGUUCUUCUUAAUUAACAGAGAAGUGGAAAAGUCGGGAAACUUGAAAAGUUUUCUGUGUAAGUGCUCUUUCAUUGAGAUUUACAACGAGCAGAUCUACGACCUGUUGGACAGCGCCUCAGCCAGCCUCUUCCUCAGGGAGAACAUCAAGAAGGGCGUUUUUGUGGAGGGAGCCGUGGAGAAAUGUGUCACCUCCGCCGCCGAGGCCUAUCAGGUACUGUCCAUGGGUUGGCGUAACCGUCGUGUGGCCUCUACCUCCAUGAACCGCGAAUCAUCUCGCUCUCACGCCGUCUUCACCAUGACUCUCGAGUCCAAAGAGACAGACAGAGAAGUGGUCAACAUCCGGACAUCACAGCUGAACCUGGUGGACCUGGCAGGGUCAGAGAGACAGAAGGACACACACACUGAGGGAUCCCGAUUAAAGGAAGCGAGCAGCAUCAAUCGCUCUCUGAUGUGCUUGGGUCAGGUGAUCAUGGCAUUGGUGGACGUGUCCAAUGGGAAGACCCGACACAUUUGUUACCGUGACUCCAAACUUACAUUUCUGCUAAAGGAUUCUUUAGGUGGGAAUGCAAAGACGUGCAUCAUUGCUAAUGUGCAUCCCGGCUCCAAGUGCUUUGGGGAGACGUGGUCCACACUACAGUUUGCCCAGAGGGCCAAACUCAUCAAGAACAAGGCCAUGAUUAACGAGGACACGCAUGGGAACGUGCGGCAGCUGCAGGCUGAGGUGAAGAAGCUGAAGGACCAGUUGGCUCAGGCGCUGCUCUCUCACAGACCCCAGGCCCUGGACAGCGCCCCUGGAGGACCCCAAAUCGAUAUGGGCUCCCCUGAGGCCCAGGAGAGACCGUCCUACAGGGAGCCGUUCAAGGUCGCCGUGCUCCUGUGGAAGAAACGCGAGGAUGAGAAGAAGGUGUUGCAACAGAAGCUGGCUCAGUUGGAGCUGGCCUGGGCCCAGAAGGAGAAGUUCGUCCAGUCCAACCGCAUGAUCGUACGCUUCCGCGAGGACCACAUCGCUCGGCUGGAGCAGAAGCUGAAUAGCGAGCCCCUCUUGGAUCAGCAGAACCAGACCCAGCUGGAGCAGCUUCAGCAGGAGAUCAGCAUCCUCCGAGACCAGCUGGAGCACCACCCGCGCAUGAUGCGCUACCAAGCAGAGAACUUCAGCCUGAGGGAGGAGGUGUGCUCGCUGCGGGCGCUGGACUCGGUGAAGAGCGCGCAGCUCGCUGCGGAGCAGUGCACCACUGAGCUGGAGGAGGCCUUCCACAACUUGGCUGCGUCUGAAAAAACAACCAGAGACACCAGUGCCCCGCCCACAUAUUCUACACCAGUAACGGCAGAAACUAUAUCGAAGGUUUCCGUGGAAAGGCUGAAGGCCCAGCUGAUGCAGAAGCAGUCGGAGCUGACUGCCACAGUGCAGGCCUUCGAGGACUACAAACAAGUAACCAAAAAAGGGUUAACAGAGACCGAGGCAGAGAUGAGGUACUUGGAGAAGUCCAACAAACACCUGGAGAACAUUCUGGAAGCCACUAAGGCCCACACAAAGCAGGAGGUGUCCCAGCUGAACAAGAUACAUGCUGAGACCCUCAAGAUCUUGACCACCCCAACCAGAACGUAUAACCUACGGAACCGCCUGGUGCCGCUGGCCAGCCCAGAGCAUCUGAAUGGCUACGGUGACCCAGAAGAGAGUCCGGAGGACCUGCACAAUGAGCAGCCCCCUCUGGAGAUGAACGAGUUGGCCUGUGAGGCCCUGAGUGAGGAGCUCAGGCUGGUGCAGGAGCAGGCAGUUUGUGUGAAGAAUCAGCUGGAUGACGAGGAGGCCAAAAGCAGGAAACUGUUGCAGCAAAUCAGCAAGCUGGAGGAGCAGAUCGCCACGGCAACGGAAGAGUCCAGACGCAAGGAAGAGUUGUUUUCCACAGAGCGCAGUUCUUGGGCCCAGGACCAGGGCAGGCUGCAGCAGACCAUCACCAGCCUGGAGCAAAAACUCUCAGAGGAGAAAGGAGCUACAGAGCUCCUGCGCAGUGAGGUGUACGACCUGCGGGUGGUGCUGCAGUCCUCAGAUAAGGAGCUGGCCGCCGCCCGGAGCGAGCUGAACCAAUGCACCAACCAGGAGCAGGAGAACACUCACCUGUCCAGCUCCCUCAUCAGCACGCAGCUACAGCUGGAUCAAGUCAAGCUGGAGUUUGAGCAGGUGUUGGAGGAGCAGAGGGCACUUCAGGACGCGUUUGACGCCCUGCAGGCAGAGGCCAAGUUUGAUGCUGAUCAGAACGGGCAGCAGCUGGAGGACAGCAGACAGGACAACGGUCGCCAGCAGGCCAAAAUCAGCGAGCUGGAGAGUGCCCUGCAGGAGGAGCGGGAGCAGGCGUGCACUCUGACCUCCCAGCUGAAGGAGAGCAGAGAGAACACUUCAAAGGAGCUUGUGCAGUACAUGGAGGAAAAUGUCCUUUUGAGGAAACAAGUGCAGGUGCUGACCAGCGAGAACCAACAGCAGGUGGAGAGCAUCAGGACCUUGGAGCAGAGGGUGAUUUCAUCAGAGGCAGCAGUAACAAAUCUGGAGCAGAAAAUUGAACAAGACAGAGGUGUAGUGCUGGACCUGAUCAAUCAGACCAGAGAUCUGCGCAGUGAGCUGCUAGAGAAGGACCAGAACAUCAGCCUGCUGACUGGAGAUCUAAAGGACAUCUCUGUGAAGUACACCACGGCCUGCUCGGAGCGAGAGAGCCUGAGAGAGCGGAUUGGCCAGACGCAAGUGGAGAUGGAACAGCUCCGAGAGGCCUCAGAGCGACGGGUGGCAUCUGAGAGGAUAGAGAUGGAGAUGCUGCAGGACAGCCUGGCCUACGCCACCGAGGAGGUGGAGCGCCUCACCAAGGUCUUUGAUGAGCAGACCACUCUACUCCAGGCCGCUCAGGACCAGAUCACUGAGCGAGAGGCCACCAUCAAAACCCUCCAGGAUCAGCUGAGCGAACUGACCGUACAGGUGAACAAGGGGAAGACGCUCGCCAAUGAACCCCUACAGCAGUUGGCCACGCCUACAACCCUGCCUCAGACCCCCCACACCCCGCGCGGCAUGAGCAUGGAGCUGUCGCAGGUGCUGGAGAGCCAGGAGAUAGAGCUGGAGAGCCGCCGCUCCUCCAUGAUGUCCAUGGAGCUGCUGCUGGCCGAGCUCAACGCCGAGCGCAGCGCCAAGAAUGAAGAGAUCCAGAGGCUCAAGGCCAACGUGAUUGAGAAGGAGAUGGCCCAGCUUGAAAUCCAGACCCUACUGAACCAGUUUUACACUCAGAACGGCAACCAUGGCAACCCACAAGCUAAAGAUUCUCAGGGUCUGGAGUUGCCAGAUGCUAUCUAUCACUCAGUUCUAAGGGAACUGCAUGACCUCAAGAAUGAGAAGAGCUCUCUGGAACAGAAGCUGAGCGAGUCUCAGGAAACUCUACAGGGUCAGGAGACCACCCUGUCCCAGUCUCAAACAUGUGUUCAGGAGUUGACGAGUGAGCUGAGGAAUCGGUGUCUCGAGCUUCGAGACCUGCGCCUCAGGGGCCAGGAACACGAUCAGCUGUUACAGGACGUGGCGGUGCUGAGGAAGCAGGUGGACCACUUGGCAGAGGAGAAUGGGAAACUGGUAGGCCAUCAGAACCACAGGCAGAAGAUUGAGUACCUGGUCAAACUCAAGAAGGAGAACACCAAACUGCAAGAGGAAAAUGAGAAACUCAAAUCGGAACUUGACAGCGUUAAGGAAUGGAAGGUGGAAAAUGGAAGAAAACUCUGAGGUGUUCAAAUCUCGUGUCUUCCCUUCUCUCGUGUCUUCCCUUCUCUCGUGUCUUCCCUUCUCUCGUGUCUUUCCUUCUCUCGUCUCUUCCCUUCUAUCGUCUCUUCCCUUCUCUCGUCUCUUCUCUUGUGUCUUGCCCAGGAAGGCUGCUGCAUGGAGCAGUCUGUUAAGCAGAAGAGGGUACUCACUCAUAACCACCUGCACAGCAGUACGGUUGACCUCUUCAUAAUGGAGUAAUAUGCUGUGCAUUCAAACGCUGUGAAUGAAUGGAAUCUAAUUACAAGUCAAAAGGCAAAACAACGCAUUAAAGACUGUUUCUUAAUAUCAUUAUUAAUUACAUUCUUGAUCAUUUCUGUAAAUUAACUUUUUUUUCCAUUAUCUGGACUUUCUAUCUCUUCUGGAGAUUUUCUGAGAGCCUGUCAUCCUAUUUGUCUUUUUAUCCAGUUUGUUUUGUGACUUAUGAUUAUUUUUUUUUAAAUCAGGGAAUUUUAAUUGUGUACACAUUAAAUAAAAACUAAGGUUAUAUGGAAUAGACUAUAAAGAAAGUUUAUUUUCUCUGCAUUACACCUUGUUUCUUAACCUACAUUUUCCCACACAAAAUGAUUCCCGAUCAUUAACAGGAAGUGACAAUGUAAUCAAAACGUGCACGUGGAUGUUGGU